AUGUCGGCCAAGCUCGGUGACCAGCCUAGCUCGGUGACGUGUGCUACUCCGACACUCACUGUCGACUCUGUGAGACAGGCUCCCACUCGGCCAAGCUCGGUGACGUGUGCUACUCCGACACUCACUGUCGACUCUGGGAGACAGGCUCCCACUCGGCCAAGCUCGGUGACGUGUGCUACUCCGACACUCACUGUCGACUCUGGGAGACAGGCUCCCACUCGGCCAAGCUCGGUGACGUGUGCUACUCCGACACUCACUGUCGACUCUGUGAGACAGGCUCCCACUCGGCCAAGCUCGGUGACGUGUGCUACUCCGACGGCGACACUCACUGUCGACUCUGGGAGACAGGCUGACACUCGGCCAAGCUCGGUGACGUGUGCUACUCCGACACUCACUGUCGACUCUGGGAGACAGGCUCCCACUCGGCCAAGCUCGGUGACGUGUGCUACUCCGACACUCACUGUCGACUCUGUGAGACAGGCUGACACUCGGCCAAGCUCGGUGACGUGUGCUACUCCGACACUCACUGUCGACUCUGUGAGACAGGCUCCCACUCGGCCAAGCUCGGUGACGUGUGCUACUCCGACGGCGACACUCACUGUCGACUCUGUGAGACAGGCUGACACUCGGCCAAGCUCGGUGACGUGUGCUACUCCGACACUCACUGUCGACUCUGUGAGACAGGCUCCCACUGUGACUUCCUCAUCCCCAAGCUCGGCCAAGCUCGGUGACGUGUGCUACUCCGACACUCACUGUCGACUCUGGGAGACAGGCUCCCACUGUGACUUCCUCAUCCCCAAGCUGUUUGGUCGCUGUGUGUGUACGCCGCCCCUCAGACAGAGCAAGCAGGGUGCUGCAUGUCUACCCCCGGUGUGGCCUGCACGUCCUCACAGGCCCUCUUCCACAUCAUCUAAUCCUCACCUACAGGUAACCACUCCCUUCUACAAGCGUCCGAAUGUGAAGCCGACCACACCCUUCCAACAGCUGACUACGCCUUCUCUCCUACAAAGGCCUAACAGCAAGCCUGCAACACCACAUGUCAACACUAUUCCUGCCCUCUCAAAACCUGUGCCAAUCAAGUAUGUCGGAGCGCCUGGACGGCCUCUCCGUACCACUCCCUCACCAAUAACUAGGCCACCGCCCACCACCUUACCAACCACUCCUGAAACUACCACUUCUCUAACUACCACCACGACAAGACAAUCCGCCGCAGCACACUUACCAAAACCUCAGAAAACAGCGUCACCAGGAGCGGUGCUGCGGUUGGACGAGUGGACCGCAGCGGCCUCGCUAGGUAUGCGGUGUGUGUCUGACCGCCAGUGCCGCGCGGCCGACCCUGCGUCCCGCUGUGUAGCCGGGGUGUGUGACUGUGCUGUCCGCAACUACACGGGCUGCAGCGCCGCAAACACCGGCUGUCACACCGACACCUUCCAGUGUAGGGCGACUGGCCAAUGCAUCAGUUGGUACUUCGUGUGCGACGGCCGUGCCGACUGCGCCGACGGGUCAGAUGAGGCGUGUAGCGGAGACGUCUGUCCCCCUGGGAGCUUCAGGUGCUGGCGGAGUGGCGGCGGCGGCCGGUGCGUGUCUGGAGCGGCACGCUGUGACGGCAAACGGGACUGUCCUCGUGGUGAGGACGAGAUCAACUGUAGGGAUGUCAACGGUGCUGGUUGUCCCGCGGGCACUCUGAGAUGUGCUGAAGGCACUUGUCUGCCGGCGUACGAGUUCUGCAACGCACACCUCAGCUGUCCAGACGGCAGCGACGAGCCUCAGGCCGCUUGUCAAGCCUCCGCCCUCGUGUCCCAGGGACUCUGCCCCUACCGUUGCGCCAAUGGUCGGUGUCGCAGCACGGCUGUCCUCUGCUCCGGCAGAGACGGAUGCGGCGACGGCAGUGACGAGGAACACUGUCACGUGUGCCGGUGUCCCUCGCUGUAAGAAGACUGUAUCAUCUCCCACCUACCAUCUCUUUGUCUCUCUCACACUCACUCAUCCCACCUUGGCAUCUACAUCGGCAUUCGUCAUUUUAUUUAUUGAUAGUUUUAGAAAUAAAUGUUAAGUGUAAAUCAUUGUAACAACAAUAGUUUCAGUUUAAAUCUACUUCUCAAAUCCUGUCCUUUAAUUCUUAGGUUUAUGCAUUAUAGUUUUUGUUAGAAAUCAAAACGCAUUUUUAAUGAAACGACGUUGACGACUAAACGAUCGGCUAAGGAAAAACUAACCAACUGACAGUAAAAAUAGAAAAAAUGGUCUUUGAAACGCAUUGGUAAACCGUUUUAUUUUUACAAAUCGUACUUUACUUCGAAAUAUCUAAAUAAGCGAAACUGAAAGGACAAAUUAUCAUAAACUAUGUCAAUGUAACUACAUCAAGAUGCGGUAUGCGAAAACUAACGGCAAAACUAAUAAAGGAGGGAUACUGUAACAGGGAUCACACUGUAACAAUUGAAGCCGGUUUUAUAUUACUUCAUGUUACGUUAACAUCAACCCAACGAAUUCUUUUCUUUUCCUUUAAUUUGAGGGCGGAUUUAAAGUCUGAGCUUAAAU